AUGGCCGACGCAAACGCCGCCGUUUACAACCGAUCUCUGACCGCUAUUCACACUGAACUCGAUUUUUUGAAGAACGCAGGUGUUAUCGCUCCUAAUCUCUACUCUCAUCUCAGCCAAGUCCUGCCGCGCACAUACACCGCUGGCAUGCCCCCAUUGGACCUGCACAGUGCCGCCUCUACUCCAAGCACCGAAAAGUCCCAGUUCGCCGCGCCCGUCGCCGCCCCCGCUGCUCCUCCCCAGUACUCGUCCGCCGCGCAGAUGCAGCCCGAAUUCGCCGAGGCAAUGUACGACUACCGUCCGUCGGACGAGUCCGACUUGCCGCUCUACCGCGGCGCCCAGAUCGUCGUGAUUGAGAAAGUCAACCCGGACUGGUGGCGAGGCCGUGAUAAGUCUUCCGGCAGAGAGGGAAUUUUCCCGUCCAGCUACGUUCGCGUUCUAGACGGCUCUGCCAGUCACCUUGCACCCUCGCCGGCUCCGUACCGCGAGUCCUACAACGUCUCGCCUCAGCCGUACCAGGCGCCUACCCCUCAGCCGUACUUCCCCCCUGCUGCUUCGCCUCAACCGCAGCAGCAGCCUGUCGUCGUCCAGCAGCAGCAGCCCCAGCAGCAGCAGCAGCAGCAACACCAGCAGCAGCAGCAGCAACACCAGCACAGCGGGCUCGAGAAGGCCGGAAAGAAGUUUGGCAAGAAGCUUGGAAACGCUGCCAUUUUCGGCGCCGGUGCCACUAUUGGAUCCAACAUUGUCAACUCCAUCUUUUAA